AUUCCUAUCAGAGUCUAAGCUACAGGCAGUACCUUAGACUCUGAGCUUAGGCAUCUUUGCCUUAUUUUGUGGUUAAGGAUUCUCAGAGUUGUGGAAUGCUAACAAGGCUUAUCCCAAAAGCUCUGGCUCUACUUCUACCACAAGCUUCAGCAUGGCAGUACCUCUCACCACUUUUUCUGGUCAGAGGGCAGAAAUGAGCAUCCUGGAAACCAAUCGGUAUUUGCGCUCCCAGCUAGAAGAAAGCAAACAGAAAUUCCGAGAUCUCACAGAGAAAUACCUCACAUCCACAGCCACGGCUUACUGCCUGGCCAACCACCUGCAGAAAUACAAGUGUGAAGAGUACAAAGACCUCAUUGAAUCUGUGCUGGAGGAGGAGCUGCAGUACGAGGAGAGGGAGCUGGUGGAGAAGAGGCCAGCUGCAAGGCUCGGGAAAUAUGAUCCCCUAAUUCAGGCUCAAGCCCAAGAACUGACCAACUUACAGCAGAAGAUGCAGGAAGGGAGAAGUUUCUGCUACCUUUUCACCCAGCAUGUGAAGAACACAAUCAAGUCUUUUGAGAGCCUUCUCAGGAACACUGACAUUGCCCACUACCAGGGACAGAGACUCUGUGAGCAACUGGCCCAAGGAAGCCAGCUGGCCGAGAGCCUUGCCAGCAAACUCACAAUGAAAAAUCAUAAUGGUAAGGUGGAUGAAGACACACAAGAGCUAUUGGCCCCCAGGACCAGCUGUGAAGCUGGGCUCCAGGUUGCCUUGGUUUAAUCCCUUGUCUUGCCUACCCCAACAGGCUCGUAUUUAACUCGCUUCCGCCGCCAUGAUUCCCAUCAGCCUCCCAGCAGCAACACUUUCCUGUCUGAUGCACAGGAAGCCCCCUCUGCUCUGGAUGUAGCCAAAGAUGAGAUCCAGAACCUACAGCAGCACCUGAGGGAAACUCUUUUCAUCAAUGACUGCCUGCGAGAAAAGUUGGAAUAUCAUCUCAGCAUCUUUGACCAAAGAACUGGAUGCAACUCCAACCUCUACAGGCAGAUACUAGAUUCUGUUGCCCAGCUGUGUAAUGAAAACAGAGUCCUCUGGGAAGAAUACCAGAGACUUCCUGUUUGCCCGAAUCGUACUUCCAGAGGUAACAACUAA